GCAGAGGUGAGAAAGCAUUGGGAAAAAGAGGAGUGGAGAGUAGAGAGCGAGGGAGGGAAGAAAGGAGGUCCGACGGUGCGUGAGGAGGUGGUUCUCUCUUCCAUGCAUGGACCACGUGAAGUUGCAGCAGGCAGCAGCUCUUUCCCCGGAAGACAGUACUGGGCUAGGACUGUGGUGCAGAUGUUUGACGUGAGUCGUUCAGGAAGAGGUGAGACAGCAUAGGGACGAAGAGGAGUGGAGAGUAGAGAGCGAGGGAGGGAAGAAAGGAGGUACGGCGGUCUUGAGGAGGUGCUUCUCUCUUCCAUGCAUGGACCACGUACUGACCGACCAUCUCGACUGUCGCACCCACCGACAACGGCAUCAGCGGCAGCGCUAUUACACUAGAGACAGGCGACCGAUAGGGCGUGCCGAGUGGCCGAUCGUAGCAGUGAGAGAACUGCUGGGGCUGUGUGUUGUCUGCUAGUGCCGUUGAGGAGACGCCAAUAUGAUAUCCGUUGCCUGUCAGUUGAAGUCGAGUAGUGGGUAUGUCCUCUCGAUGGGCGCGGGAGCGGCGCGGAGGCAUGCCGAUGAAUCUUGCCGAACCUCGGUCGGGAGUCUGAGCGUCAUUAAGCGUCCACCUCAACCAACUAUACAGACGAAGACAGCGCUUUUCGGAGAUGUUCUUACCGCUAAACAUAUUCUGACGAGAGCACUGCUGUCAAGACGCUACUGCAAUGGUGUCCAUGCGGAAUCAAAUUAUACAGCAGCCAGUGGUGCACAGACGCAUUCUCCUUCUCCAGCACCAGUGUCUGCUUCUGCACAUCCUCCCGCUCCAGCUCCUGCUGUAAAUAGCUUGCAAAGCGCAACAGGGAAUACCCCUGUUCCAAAUUCAAGCCCUACUCCUGCUGACAGGAACCCUGUGACGAACAUCAAGUGGAAUGAGAGCCAGGUCAGUCGGCGAGAGCGAGAGCGCGUUCUCAAUCAGAGGGGUUGCAUAGUGUGGCUCACUGGCCUGAGUGGUUCAGGGAAGAGCACAGUUGCUUAUGCUCUAGAUUAUGCACUUGCAUCCCGUGGGAAGAUCAGCUAUGUGCUUGACGGUGACAUUGUGCGCGAUGGCCUGAACAAGAACCUUGGUUUUUCAAGAGAAGAUAGAGCAGAAAACAUCCGCCGAAUAGGUGAAGUCGCCAAGCUGUUUGUAGAUGCAGGGAUUAUCACCCUUGUGAGCUUGAUUUCUCCAUAUCGGGAAGACCGGGAUCGCUGCCGAGCAAUGUUUCCUGCUGGUGAUUUCAUUGAGGUAUACAUGAAGGUGCCAUUAUCGGUGUGCGAGCGAAGGGAUGCAAAGGGUUUGUACAGACUGGCGCGAUCCGGACAGUUGAAAGGUUUUACUGGCAUUGAUGACCCAUAUGAAUGUCCACUGACUCCAGAGAUUACGAUGGAGGUGCGAGAUGACUGGGGCACUGCCAUUCUUCCACAAGAAAUGGCGGAACGCGUUGCCUCGUACCUGGAGGAGAGAGGAUUCUUCACGGCGGAAGGUAACUAGACCCGAAAUCGGAGAGAGAACCAACAUGUUGCGGAUGUGGGUACUCUCAGCUCUCAUUAGUGUUAUUUUUGGGUCAUUUUGUCGACAAGCUCUACUUCCGAAGAGUUGUCAGGAUCCUUCUCAAACAACAUCAUGUCUGGACCCUGUCGACCAAUGGUGACUGUUUGGAAGGGGAGCGUGGAGUUUUGACGCCGCACCUGUGGGAGGCCCUUCUGUGUGAUGUGUGGCACCUGCCUCAAUUUCGGCGCCUGAAAGGAUGAUUUGCAGCGAGGAGCGCCGGAAAUGGAAGAGUCUCAUAUGAGUCAUUAUUGCUUUUGGUUUUGUCAACAAGCUGAUGGACGAGUUGUCAUCAUUGUUCUGAGAGUGAAGUUUUGUGAGUGUCGAUGUCUGUUCGGCAGGGAGCGUGCAGUUUGACGCCACACCGGCUGCAGGCGCUUCAGGGUGAUCUGUGGUGCUUCUGGGUGAUGUGUGGCAUGUGCCUAACUCUCCUUGAAGCGUUUGAUGUGAUGGUUGCGCAUUCAUUGGAUGUUGGAUCACUUGAGCAACAAGGUACAAGUGGCCUUCUAGUCAUUCUCCAAAGGAUGCAUGCUAUACGCCUUUCUUCCUUAUUUGGGCAAGUUCCCCAGAGAAUGAACUGUAGACAGCGCGGUUUUUCUGCCCCUCUCCGCCGUUUGCCGUCUAUUCUUCCUUUUCUCACUGUUUGCUGACUUAAUCCCUCGUUCCAAAUCAGGCCCAAAUGCAACUUCAAAAGGCCCAUAUUAAGGGGGCAGGGUACCUGUCAAGGUUCUAAAUCUUCCAGCCAGUGUUGUUCCAACUUCCAAGCAGCUAUAUCUCCUAUCCUCUCCUAUAGCAGCAAGCUUGCAAUUUUCAAUGUUUACACGGAAGCAUGAACCGA